AGGUCCGACUGCACGCGCCUUUUCCUGCUCCCCGCCCAGCUGCGGCGAUGUGGCACAGGCCUGCCGCUGCAGGAGGUCGCGGCGUUUCCGCGCCUGCCUGCAGGCGUCCGGCCGCCCGUCCGGCAGCGGGUGCCGACCAGAGCCGCCGCGGGUGGCCUCGCCGGCAGCGGGUGCCGACCAGAGCCGCCGCGGGCCUCGCGGGCUCUGACCUGCUGGGGACGGCGCGGUGAUGGUUGCGGUUCAAGAUGGCGCUGACUCGCAGGCUCCUGAGGACCCGAGCGCGGAUCGUGGUCUUUAUGUGGCCGAGGAGGCGGCUGACACCGUCGUAGAUGCCAUCUUGACCAAAGGCGGGAAAGCUCUCUACGGCCGCUACCUGCGGCACAAGACCUGCGAGUUCGUGGCGGAUGCGGUCGCCGAUGCCGGGCUGUCGAGCCUGCGCAUGUGCUUCGUCCAGCACGAGGGCACGGACAGCGCGGAGGAUUGGGCCCUGGACGAGGAGCCCGCGAUCGCGAAGCUCGACAGCUGGGGCGGCAUGGCCGUCCCCGUCCGGUACGUGCCGAAAAAGGCCCGGACAGCGUCGACCAUCUCGUCGAAGCGCUCGAAGGAUCGAUCGCGGCCGAGGCCGAGGGCGCGGCCGGGGCCAGCUGUUCUGGAGGUC